AUGGCAACUGACAUUUCGCCUCCAAGUCCCGAUGAGCUUCGGUUUGCUUCAGAGCAAGCCUUAGCCAAACUACCCGACGAGCAGCAGUCGGUUGCUCCGGCCACGAUAUCAAACAUGAACUCGACGUCAUCAGCCCCAAGCAAGCCUCCGCCGGCGGCACCAGCGAACCACUCCCCCGCGCCUCCCCAGGCCCCCCCAUCGGCGAGCUUUGAUACAAGCCGACGACAGACACAGAGUCCCUUACACGCUCCUGGACAGCCUCGGAAGAGCCAAGGGGCAAGAAAACAGCAUAGAAACCAGAGAAGGGCUGGCCCGUCAUUUGGCGACUCUCAUAUGGACGACGAGGACGCCAUGGCUGAGAUUAGAGCCCUUCGCAAUACCUCCAGCCGCCGCGGCCAAACAUCCAUCACACAUCUAAUGAAUUAUGCGCUUCCACCACGACCAUAUGAGGGUUCGCACGCGCCUUACUCCCGAUCCUACCGGAGAAACCCUGCGUGGGGCGUAGGCUCGGGAUAUCACGCCGUGGACAAGGCCCGGUACAUCCAUGCGAACUACCGCUUUGUUGUGACCCCCGAGGGCGACUACACCGUCCAAGCCGCCGACGCCGACCAGCACAUCGAGUGGACCGACGUACUUCAAGUCAUUGCAUCUACUGAAUCGCAACAGACUUCGUGCCCCAUCUGCCUGUCUGAGCCGGUUGCGCCGCGCAUGGCAAAGUGCGGGCACAUCUUUUGCCUGCCUUGCUUGAUGCGCUUCAUGAACACGACCGUGGGUGAUGGAACAGAAAAGAAGCAGCCCAAGUGGAGGAAAUGCCCAAUCUGCGAGGACAGCAUCCAGUUAUCUGAUGUGCGACCGGUGAGGUUCUACGCCGGGCAGGAAAGCCCUCUGCCUCGUCCGGGAGACGAUGUGAUUUUGCGCCUGAUGGCUCGGAACCCCAAAAGCACGCUUGCGCUCCCUCGAGAGAGCGGCGCAAAGGUGCUCGAGUCUGGCGAGGAUAUCCCCUGGCACUGGGCGGCCAACGUGCUGGAUUAUGCGAGAAUCAUGAGAGGUACGGGCGGUUACAUGGCGGAGCAGUUUGACCGAGAAAUCGAAGAGCUGCUCAAGCAGGAGAAGGAGGACGAGCUCUUGUAUCAGGAAGACACAGAAUGGACGCAAAAGGCCGUCAGGGCGAUCAACAAUGCAAAGGAAAAGAUGGUUGGGCUUGGGGAGUCGCAGUCGCGGACUUCGUCAUCCAAGGCCCCUGAGCUGGUGGUGGUUACGCCGGAGCAGAAGCCUCAGGAUCAAGGAUUUUACUUCUAUACAUCGCCACCACACCUCUACUUGUCGCCGCUUGAUAUCCGGAUUCUCAAGACAAAGUAUGGUUCUUUCUCGUCGUUUCCGUCGACGUUGCUACCUCGGGUGGAGCACAUUUCUACAGGGCACGUUGUCGACGACGCGCUUAGGAAAAGAGCAAAGUACCUGGGCCAUCUCCCCCACGGGUGCCUGAUUAGCUUUUUGGAGUGCGACUGGACGGAUAUUGUCCCCUCGGAGGACCUCGCCACUUUUGCAGAAGAUAUCGAGCGCCGGAGGAAGCGGAACCGCGACAAGGCCGCGCAGGAGGAGCGCGAGCGGAUCCAGGCCGAAAGGAUCGAAGCCGCUCAGGUGCGCGGGGCUAGGCGGCAGCUGGGCGUGUUGGAUGAGGACAUCACGGCGGUUAGGUUUGGCAAUGCGGGAUUUGUGGACGAGGAGUCGCCGGUGAAUAUGGAUGAUUUCUUGCCGUUGGGGGUAACGGCAGCUACUUCGGGGACGUCACCGCCGAAUCAGAGGAAUGGGUUUGGCACGCUGGGGGAGAUUAGCACGAGCCCGUCCGGGAGCAGGACGGUGUGGGGGACUCGUGCUGUUGCUGGUGAGCCUGUGUCGGCGGCGGUUCCUAGGCCGAGGGUGGAUGAUGGGUGGUUGAAGGAUGAUGCGGUCUUGGAGACGUUGGGGGCGGCGGAUAUGACUUUUCAGAUGGAGGCCAUGGGGAUUGCCGAGGCUGGUGGCCCGUCGGGCAGUGCUACGGGUGCUCCUGGUGGUGUUGGUGGUGGCGGCGGCGGCGGGAAGAAGAAGAAGAAGCAAAAGAUUACGUUGAUGAGCACGGGGGGCAAGAGAGGGCUGUAG